CCUUGAAGUCCGCGGGAAUGUUAACCCCCCUAGGCUUAUUGACUUUAAACGGACUGAUCAUCUGAGAGGAUAUUUUCAGAAGGGUCAAAAAGCGAGAUCAAACCGGUUACAUCUGGAAUUCCGUUUCGUUCACUGAGUUGUAAAUUGCUGUAAUUGUCUACCCGAAUACGUAGUAUCAGCAUCUGUUCAUACGUCUAAAGAGAUUGGGUCUUCACAGUACUGGAAGUCACGAGGAUUAACCUCCUGUCCCUAACUUUGAAGACAUUCCUUUAUACUUUGGAACAGUUUUGAAGCACCGGUGGUUUAACUUAUGGUGUAAAUCAAGUGCUUUUUGUACAGGAUGAAAAUCUACUUGGCUUUCUUACUCAUUGGAUUUGGGGCGUUACUCUGUCACAAUGAAGCAAUAAUUAAACAACAUUUACCAACUGAACUUCUGUGUUCAGACAUAAAUUGUUUGAAAACCAUAACUACUGGAAGUCUUAUCAAAGAUGUUAAUGUACCGAAUAAGAAAACAUUAAAAGUGAAUACCUUAGUGGACAUAAUAGGAUUAAGCGCUGAUGCUACUAAUUCUAUGAUGAAAAUAAAAUUCGGCGAAGAACAUUUAUACAUCGACCCAAGUUUUGUACAAAUUAAGGAUUCUGUUAGUUCACGCAAAUUUUUAAAGGUGAAAAACUUCGAUAUAAAUUUGAAUCCUUCGACUCUAUUAGAUGAAAGAACACUUAAUCUAGUGUCACCUUACCAACUACCAUCGGAUGAAGAUUUGAAUUACAAAUCUACAGAGAAAAUAUCUGAGAAAGAUCAUCCAUAUAACAAGCAAGCACUUUUCCGCAAUCAAAGACAGAGUAAUGCUUAUGAUACUAGAGAAAGGACGAAUGAAAUUGAUGAAAUGGACGUGGUUAGUAGCAGAAGUUAUGAUCAAGUGAGCAAACAAGAAACUACAUACAAGAUAGAUUCUGAUGAAGUGGAACAAGAUGACAAAAUUGAGGAAGAUAAUGACGACAAUGAGUUUGACUAUAACAAUUCAUCCGAAAUAAAACAUGGUGACACGGAUACCACUGACUAUCCAUCCGAAUCACCCGGUGAGCCGGCUUCUGUGAAUCAAAAACCGUCAUCUGUUCAGUCACAUCACGUUGAAAUGAAGGUGUCUGGAACCGAACAUGUGGAAACCCAUGUACCGGUACGACCACCGACUGUCUCACCUGAUACUGAUAAGGAGUCGAAGGAGGAUGUUUCGAGUAGAUCUGAACAGGGUGAACCUGUUUCUGUGAAUCAACAACCGUCAUCUGUUCAGUCACAUCACGUUGAAAUGAAGGUGUCUGGAACCGAACAUGUGGAAACCCAUGUACCGGUACGACCACCGACUGUCUCACCUGAUACUGAUAAGGAGUCGAAGGAGGAUGUUUCGAGUAGAUCUGAACAGGGUGAACCUGUUUUUGUGAAUCAACAACCGUCAUCUGUUCAGUCACAUCACGUUGAAAUGAAGGUGUCUGGAACCGAACAUGUGGAAACCCAUGUACCGGUACGACCACCGACUGUCUCACCUGAUACUGAUAAGGAGUCGAAGGAGGACGUUUCGAGUAGAUCUGAACAGGGUGAACCUGUUUCUGUGAAUCAACAACCGUCAUCUGUUCAGUCACAUCACGUUGAAAUGAAGGUGUCUGGAACCGAACAUGUGGAAACCCAUGUGCCGGUACGACCACCGACUGUCUCACCUGAUACUGAUAAGGAGUCGAAGGAGGAUGUUUCGAGUAGAUCUGAACAGGGUGAACCUGUUUCUGUGAAUCAACAACCGUCAUCUGUUCAGUCACAUCACGUUGAAAUGAAGGUGUCUGGAACCGAACAUGUGGAAACCCAUGUGCCGGUACGACCACCGACUGUCUCACCUGAUACUGAUAAGGAGUCGAAGGAGGAUGUUUCGAGUAGAUCUGAACAGGGUGAACCUGUUUCUGUGAAUCAACAACCGUCAUCUGUUCAGUCACAUCACGUUGAAAUGAAGGUGUCUGGAACCGAACAUGUGGAAACCCAUGUACCGGUACGACCACCGACUGUCUCACCUGAUACUGAUAAGGAGUCGAAGGAGGAUGUUUCGAGUAGAUCUGAACAGGGUGAACCUGUUUUUGUGAAUCAACAACCGUCAUCUGUUCAGUCACAUCACGUUGAAAUGAAGGUGUCUGGAACCGAACAUGUGGAAACCCAUGUACCGGUACGACCACCGACUGUCUCACCUGAUACUGAUAAGGAGUCGAAGGAGGAUGUUUCGAGUAGAUCUGAACAGGGUGAACCUGUUUUUGUGAAUCAACAACCGUCAUCUGUUCAGUCACAUCACGUUGAAAUGAAGGUGUCUGGAACCGAACAUGUGGAAACCCAUGUGCCGGUACGACCACCGACUGUCUCACCUGAUACUGAUAAGGAGUCGAAGGAGGAUGUUUCGAGUAGAUCUGAACAGGGUGAACCUGUUUCUGUGAAUCAACAACCGUCAUCUGUUCAGUCACAUCACGUUGAAAUGAAGGUGUCUGGAACCGAACAUGUGGAAACCCAUGUACCGGUACGACCACCGACUGUCUCACCUGAUACUGAUAAGGAGUCGAAGGAGGAUGUUUCGAGUAGAUCUGAACAGGGUGAACCUGUUUCUGUGAAUCAACAACCGUCAUCUGUUCAGUCACAUCACGUUGAAAUGAAGGUGUCUGGAACCGAACAUGUGGAAACCCAUGUACCGGUACGACCACCGACUGUCUCACCUGAUACUGAUAAGGAGUCAAAUGUGGAUGUUUCACAAGUUUCAUAUUCCACCUCGUCAAGCGACAUUUUGGACAAUGAUAGUCAUAUAGAAUCUAAUAUGUCAAAUUCACAUUUUUCAUUGCAUGAUCGUAAACAAGGAGUCAUCACCAGUGAUCUCAUCGGUGUUCAAGAUAUUGGGAUAAUUUAUUCUUCAGAUGUAAAUAGCUCUAUUCUUUCAUCCGUUUCACGAAAAGUGUCUGAGGAUCAAAUUAUUUUCAAUCAUCACAGUGUUCCCGUUCACUUAGGUUUGAUACAAUGUAUAUACUGGGCAGCAAACGCUAGCUUUGAUAAAACGUAUUCUAAAACUGUUAGAUCACCUUUUUCGCGCUUCUUAGUCAAUGGAUUUAGGUACUUCUUUGCAGCUGCUAACGUUUCUCUGCAGUAUUUACCAGGAAACAUUAUUUCCAAUUUAGAUAAUUUUUUGCUUGAAACAUUUUCUUUAUCAGUAAAUUUCAUUAUUGCUUGGAUGAUUUUUAUAUUUCACUUAAUUUUUAUGUGGAAUCUAAGUAAGGGCGUACAUUCCCUUCUAUCUAAAUACAUUUUUUCUGAAAAAUGCACAUCUCCAUCUCUCGUAGAAUAUCUAAAACUUGAGGAGUAUAGCAUUCAACUAGCUAGCCAACUUUCAGAUACGGAAGAAUCUAAUUCUCAUUUAUCUAAAUGGGCUAAUUCACUUUCAUGCAGUCUUCAAAAUCUACAGGAAGAAUAUACUUCCAAAUUAUCUGAAAUGACAUUAUCUAUGGAUGAUUCUCGGGAAUCUUUCAUACGUGCUCAAUCGGAGUUGAAUCAUUUAAAAAAUACUCAUAAUUCGCUGGAACAAAACUUACGUUUGAAGCUAACUGAUAAAGAAGAAGUCAUUCAUGAAUUAAAUUCAGAAAUUAAUCGUCUGAAACAAUUACACUCUGAAAAUGAUGAUAAAUGGAAGAAAAGUCUUUUAGAUCUAGAAGAAAGUAACCGUAAGUCAAUAGAAGAAUUGAAAGAGGAACAAGAACAGUUAUAUUCUCAAGCUAAUUUAUAUUAUAAUCGCAUGAAGACGAUGCAAUCAGAGGUCGACAAAAUUUUAGAAUCUAGAAAAGCAUCUGAGGAAAAGUUACUGAUUAAAGAAGCAGAAUUUCAAAGUUUGCUUGCUACUUUUAAUACGCUUAAAGGUCUUGAGGUGAUUUUUGAACAGGAAUCUUCCUCAAAACAGGAAACAAAUGAUAUGGAAGAACGUGAAGUAACCACUACUGACAACCUAUCUAAUGUUAGUCGCACGUUAGAGGAUGACGUGGAGAUUAGCGAUAAGUCAAGCAUUAUUUCCGAAAGUGCUUUGUGUGAUUUAAUUGAAGUCGAUGAAAAGACUACAGAAAAAUCUAGAUUACAGAAGAAUUUAUCAUUGCUCUUAGAUGUUGGUCGUUUGCAUGCUCAAAUCAGACUUAAAGAUGAACAAAUUAAAGCUGAAGAGUCUAAAGCAAAAAAUGAACAUGAUCUUCGAGUUGAAGUUGAAUCCAAAAUGGAAGAGAUAGAAAGAGAGAAUUCAACUCUUAAAGCUAAUUUAAUUCAUAUUGAACAAGAAAGAAAUGCUUAUCAAACAAAGCUUGAUAUUUUAUCCUGUUAUUUUAAAGAACGUGAACUUGAACUGCAAAGGGAUUUAGGUAAGCAUGUCGUAGUUGGUUCAGAAUCUUCCGAAGCCCUUAUGCACAGUCGAAAGCGUAAUCAAGAGCUUGAGGGGGAAGUUAAAGUAUUACGAGAUCAAAUGGCAGCUUUACGUCGAGAGCUAGUGGAAACUGAAAGAACUAGUAGGCGUCAAAUAUCGGAGUUAGAUAAGCGUUCUCAUGAAAAUUGGUUAGCAGCUCGUGCGUCUGACCACCAAAUUCAAGAUCUACGUGAAGAAAACUUCAGUUUGCGACAAAAACUCAUUGAAUCAGAGAACAAUGCAUUACGAUCGUCAAUGCGCACCAUCCCGGAAAAAAUAAAUAGUUCAUCUCGUGAGAAAAUUAUGAACAUUUUCACAAGACCUAUUUUACCACUAGAAUUCAUGAAAAAUCCAAGUUUAAGAGAUGUACGCUCUCAAUCAAGAAAUUCUCUAACAAAUUUAACAUCGAAACGGCCAGUAGCAGAAGCUAAUCCAUUCCCAUUCAUCCCAACAGCACCCCGAGGAACAAUGCCUUUUUCAGGUGGACUUCAAAGAGAUGUCAUACCAACACCAACAAGGCCUCUUUUGCCAGGAUUUCCUCCAGUGCAAAUGAGUUUCCCGUCAGCAUUUUUAGCUCCCCCAUUCGCGCCCGUCAUGAAAGCGAUGACUGACCAAAAUAAUAAACAAAAUAGUUCCCCUUCUUCUGUAAGCAGUUCACUAAAGUGAUUUUAGAUCUAUAACGCUUUGUUUAGUAUGUGGUUUUUCUUGCAUUUUAAUCUUCCGUUCUCUACGUUCCGAUUGUUUCGUUGUGGUAUUAUUAUUUAGGUUAUUUUGAAUCAGGCUGUAAAGUGAUAAUAUUUUUACAUUUGGUCUUUUGAUAAUAAGUAUGUCCAGAUAUUAUAUUUCAGAUUACAUAUAUCAAGAAUAAUAUUUUAAACAUUAGUUGGUUAUUGCAUAAAAAAUCUUUUAUUCUGUGUUCGUACUUACGAAAAUGUUUCUGUUUGUUAUUUAUUGCUCCGAUAUUACUUUAUGUGUUCAUAAUGAACCAUUUUUUGUUUUUGGUGAAUAAUGGUUCUUGAGUCAUUCGCUUUAUUAAAGAAAAUGUUCUAAAUUAGUGAAAAGUAUGUAUUUUUGUCAUUUCAUUAUCUAUUGUCUACCAACUGUCCUAAAGUAAUAUUACUGAAUUGUUUGAGUUCAUUGAAGAUAAUUAUUUGGUUUAUAUCUCAGUCAUUAGUUUUAAAUGUAAUCGGGAAUUUCCAAAGAUCGCUAAUUACAGCGCUUAGCGAUAUUAGUUCACAAUCUGGAAAAAAUACCAGCCUUUUUUUCGAAAUUUGACAUUCUUGUCAAAUACUAAGGAAAUGAAAACUUUAAUUAUGUGUUGCUCAUGGAAAGUUGUCUUUAAUACUCCGACCUGAUACUCAUUUAAACAAUUAGUCGUGAUAGCAUGAACAUGGCAUUGACUCUAUCUCUAAUGUAGGAAUUAAGGUAGUAAGUUUUCAAACCUUUCGUCUUACAGCUCCCGUUAAUCUUAUCAAAUUCUUAAAAUGGUAGGCAGAUGUGUCACUCGUUUAAUUGUCAUUGUACUUAUAGUUGUUUCGACUAGCGAUGAGAAAUUUUACUGUCAAUUUUAUCUUAGCUGGCUUUACUUGUAUUUUUUAGCUCAUAAGAAUUUAGCUCGAUGCUUAGUGUACGGAGUUGAACGCUUGAUUGCUAAGCCACACAGAAGUUUACUCGUUCCUUGAAUAACUUUGUUUUCAUUUCGUCUUAUCCCUUUCUAAUAUGUACAACUCGUGGACAAUAGUCAUUUCUUAAGUUUGCAAAAAUCUGUAACCUCAUGUUUUCGGAAGGAAUCUAAUCUUUGAUUUAAAGUCCUUGCCAUAAAGUGUGAUUGUGCUACAAUUUAGCAAAUAUUUUGAUGUAUUUCAGACGAUGUAAGAAUAACGUCAUUGUUUUGUUUUUUUUUAGUUAAGUCUUCAUGAAGGAUUGCUUUAUGUAUUCAAUUUAUCCAACAUCAAGUUGCACCUUUUACUUUGUCCUGAAAUUAGAUGAUGAAAACUAAUAAUUAUACUCUGCUUUAUUUAGAUUGCAUGAUGCGAUUCACUACCGAAAGUGAAUUUAAAUUCUGCAAAUAAGGCAUUAACCUGAUUAACUGUGGUUUGCACUAGUCUUUUAGUGAUAAUUUUUGUAAAGCAUCGAGAGAAAGGCAAACAUUAUUGAGAGGGAUCAUAUAAAUGCAGAACAAACUGAUGAAUCCGUUCUUAAGUAUUUUUGUGAUUGUACAGAGAUACUGAUUAGUAGUAGGACAGUGGUGGUUGGUAACUUUUACUUAGCUAUAUAGCCUCACUGUUUGUUCCAAAAUAUCUUUUCAUCUCUAUCCAUCGUCUAUGUACUUUAUCAAACAAAGUUAUGUGUCAGAAAUCCCUAAGAAAACUGGACUUACAAUCAGAUGAUAAUUUAUACUUCCUUGUAAUGCUCAUUGAUUAUAUAUAUAAGAUAUUCAUAGGUUAACUAGCACUCAACCACAGGUAUCUUUUAACUGUUGCUCGUGUGUUUUUGGGCCAUCAAGCGAGCCAUGCCGAAUUCAAGCAUAGGGUACAAGGUAAAGAUGUCAAAUAGGUUGACGAAGUAGUGGUACGUACCCCCAAUCACCACCUACCUCAGUUCACGAUGUUUACUGGGAAAGUAGUCUGGGAGAAAUCUGCCGACAGCCAAAUCAGGAAGUGGCACCAAUCUGUGAAGUUACUGUCAGUCUAACUGAGCAAUUAUGGUAUUCAUUACAGUCGUGUUGAAUUUGCAUAAGUGGAUACGCAUUCCAGAAUACAUGACCUGAUAACAUGUAACUCAAAUGCACUAAUUCUAUUUCAUUGGUUAAUUUGUGCUAUUAAUAUAUAUAUCCUAUUGCAUACUUUGGUUGUUCGUCUAUCUAUCUGUUAAUCAUAUUCCAUGAUAAUGCUGACCUGUAAAUAUUUGACACACAUUGACUAAAGUAUACUGGACAUUUUGGACUCAUUUAAGUACUAUACAGAUUAGACCUGUUUAAUCCAAUCCCCGAUAUAUUUGAUCAUGAUACAAUUAAUGCCGAUUCUACUUUCAUUGUUGUUAUAAAUUCAAUUACCUUACCGUUAUAACUUGUCGUUUGAAUGCUUAUUGUUGUGGCUCUUUUAAUGCUACUUUUUGUAUCUGGUCGUCGCUGAUUGUUAUAUCCGAAACGCUUAUCACUUAUACUCGGAACGAGGGACCUCUGCAAUUCCCACGACGCGAAAGUAAGAACACAAAGACUAGUAUAAGUGAUGAUUUAUUAAACCCAAAAUAUGACGACGACGACAACUCUAGUAGAAAAUACACCCAUCUAUAUAUUGAUUGUACACCCAUUUUGAUUAAUAAUUAAGAUGAAAUCACAUAUAUUAAAAUAACUUAGAGUUAUAACAAAUCACAUACUGAGCAUAGUGCAUGUCAAUGGAAUACAAGAAUAUCGUAUAUUAUACAGAAUAAAAUAUCAUACGAGAAAAGGAAACAAAUACUACAUUGAGUAAUCAUUACAUUGAACCAAAACGGAAGUAAUGUUGAACAAAACUCAUAAUGUGUAAAUCAAUUGAAAACUGACUUUUCUUUCCAUCAUAUCACCUACAAGGAUGUCUAGUAUUGGUGUUAAUCCAGCACUAUUAUUUCAGAUUUUCACAAACACACCCCCAGUAGUCAAAUUACCUUCAGGCUAAACGGGAACCGCUACAAAUAUGUAUUAAUGUUUAAACAAUAUAUUAUCAAGAAAUUAUAUGUGAAAAUUAUAUUUGAAAUAUUCUCAGCGAUUGACUUCUCUAUACUCGGCGCUCAAUUACUGUCAAACUAUUCGUUCUAAUCUUGACGAAUAUUCGUAUAUAUUAUCAAGAAAUUUAAAGGAAAAAUUUAGAAAUAAAUAAUUCUGUUAAUAUACUUUAUUGACGCUAAUCUAUCUUGGUCUAACCUAUUCAAGG